UAGGAUCAUGAUUUUCACAGUGUUUUCCAGGCUAGUCAUCUGCAAUUUUUCUGUAUAUAUUCAAAUAAUAAUAGAUCAUGCUCGUUUUGCUGAAGUAGCUGAGAUCAAGAUGUAAGAAGAAGUAAUAGGUUAAGAAUAACAAAAAAGAAUAAUUAAGAAAGUGUUUUAAAUAUUUUGUUUAUAACCUAAUAUGGCCUUAGGCACAACACUUUUCAACACAGCAAUGGUCAUUGUUGUCAUUCAUUUAGUCGAUGGAGUUAACCAUACUUAUGAAAUAGACUGUAAUAAUUUACGAAUGGGACAAUACAUUUGUCCCCAUCCCGAAUACGAUUUUAUCGAUACCAAGACACAACAACCAAAAGACUGCACAAAAGAAAACAAAGCCAAAGUUUUAUGUCAAGUAGCAGAUGGCCUUAUUUGUUCCGGAACCAAAAACAACACAUUCAAGAAGGAUAUUCCUUGCAAAUGGACCAAUGGAUAUUCCUUCGAAACAUCUCUACUACUAUCAAUAUUUCUUGGUAUGUUCGGUGCGGAUAGGUUUUACCUUGGAUAUCCGGCAAUAGGACUUUUAAAAUUGUGUACGCUCGGAUUUCUUUUCCUUGGGCAAUUUUUCGACGUAAUAUUAAUAGCAACGCAGACUGUCAGGCCGGCAGAUGGUUCGCAUUAUGUUAUGCCCUACUUUGGAGCAGGAGUAUCCGUUAUUAGGAGUAAUAAUUUCACGUAUCGUCUCCCGCAACAUGAUUGGUGACUUAAAAUUAUUUUUUGAUUUAUUUUAUUAUUUGUUGCCUAUUGAUCUGUAUUAUAAAAAAAUGUACGACAUUCAAAGAAUAUGUGAUUUUUCUACCUAUUAAUUAAUUUGGAUCUUACGCUAUGUCUAUAAUUUCAGACUGCAAUAAAGUGAAAUUCUUUUUAUAAUU